CAUGUAGAAAUAUCUAUUUUUUUAAUGCUUGGGAUUGGCAGGACUGCCCCCAACUCGGCAUAUUUCCGCCCUUUGUCGCCAGCCGUGACCAGAUCUGCGUGGACGCCGGCUUUUCCUCCGCGAGCGGUGCCCGCGCGGCCGGCUGGGGUGUGUGUGGAGGGCAGUGUGUUAUGGCUGCUACAGUAAAGGAGUGUCUGGAGCUCCAGCUCCUGGAAGUGGAAAUGCUCUUUUCGAUGUUCCCGAAGAAAGGUGAAAUAAACCUGUGUGAUGAGGAUGCCGUGCCUGGCAUGCAGCGCUAUCUGAGAAACUCUGAGGGAGCUCUGCCCCCGCAGCUCGGGUAUUCGGUUGCUAUCGAUGUAGGGGAGUCAAAGGCAAAAGUAGAAUUGCAGGUACUGUUGCCUCACAUGUAUCUUCAUGUAGCUCCUCAACUUUUUGCAAGAUCAGAUGCACUAAACAGACAGCAACAGUUGCAGCUCAACACUCACCUCACUUCUCACAUCAGCUCUUUGGAUUUAGGUGAACUGUGUGUAUGUGCAGCUGUCCAAUGGGUGAAGGAAAACAGCCUGCCUUAUUUGCAAAACAGUACAAGCACUUCUGAAGGUGCUUCAAAAGCAGAAGUAUUUAAAGAAACAUUUCAUCGCAUGUGGAUCUAUAGCCAUCAUAUAUAUAGGCAGGAACUGAGAAAAAAGAUUUUUGACUGUGCAAAGAAGUUAAAUCUGAUUGGCUUCUGUCUAACAGGAAAAUCUGGUGUGAUCUGUGUGGAGGGAAUGAGAGAAAACUGUGAAGAGUUCUGGCGUGUUAUUAGGUAUCCCAAUUGGAAGCAUAUUUCAUGCAAGCAUGUGGAUAUAGAAACUGAGGGAAACAUUGAUAGUCUUCGUCUCUUUCAUACUUUUGAAGACCUACAGUUUCAGGCGCAUGGUGAUUAUGGCCUGAGGAAUGACUAUCACAUGGAUCUGGGCCAGCUCCUAGAAUUCCUGAAACAACAUCAAAGUGGACAUAUUUUUCAGAUUUUCUUUGAUGUUGAAGGCAAACUUUCAGACAAAUAAGAGAAACUGUGUAAGUUUUAAUUUUGGACAGCAGGUGAUGAAGCAAACAUUGAAAUACUGUGCCUUACAGCUACUGUGAAAUGGGAAACUUUAACAGGCAAGAAGGACAGUUCAAGGAGUUAAUCUUUGCUUCUGUUCUGAAUUGUUGCAUACACUUGAGAAAUGUUUGCUUAUUUUCUGAAACCCUAAAAUCAGCAUUUAUCAUUCUUGAGCCACAUCUCAAAGAAGUAGUUACAAGAUGAUAAAAAUUCCACCGUGCAGUAUCCUGAAUUAUACAGUUCUGUCUCCUCUUAUACUAUGCUGUAUGAUACUAACCUGAGGUGCAAGCCUGUAGUUAACAGCUUCCACACAGAGCUACAGGAGACUGAACUGGCUGCUAUCACAGAUCAAUGUGGUUUCCAAUACAAAACCAUAUUCUGCUCAAAGAAAUCUUACUGCUGUAUUCAUGAUUUACUUCAUGCAGUGUUUUGUACUGCUUCACAAAGCAUGCGCUCUCACUUCAUUCCAUGAAAUGCAAAGACUGUGCCCAACCACAACAUCAAGCUUUGCUUUUAAAUAAAGGAGUGUGUGUGUGGGGGGGGGGGAAUCCCACGUUACCCUGUCACUUGUAUGCUUUGGGUAUUACCUAUUCAAUUUUACUGCCAUUACCGACCAUCAUUUUCCAGCUGCUCUUUCUACUAUCUCAUUAUGGUCUGUGUAUGUUAUUAGUAAUUUUUCAGCUGCUCACCUCAUGACAUUUCGUAUAUAUAUUGCUAGGCCAAGCACCUUGGAAAUGAAAGCAUGUAAGAGGUGAUAUAAUAAACAAAAGUUUAAUGUUGUCUCUUUUCCUUAUAUAGUAAAUAAAAAUGCGUACAACUU